ACCUGAAAACUAAGAAGACAGAAAGAGAAGUGAAAUUGUUCUAUAAGAGUGGACGAAGGAUUCAGGAGCAGGAGGACCAGCGGGCGACGCAAGAUCUUCUCUCAGACUCUCCAGCAGACUCAAAGAUGACUCGCUCCUUAAGACAGCGAUUCAAAGAUUACAGGUUAGAGCGACGCAUUCGCAAAAACCGACUGGUCACGAAAGAUGGCCACUGCAACAUUGAGUUCGGCAACGUGUUGCACAAAAAUGGCUUUGCCUAUGUCCUUGACUUCUGGACCACCUUGGUGGAGACCCGAUGGCGGUUCAUCCUUUUGUAUUUUGUGGCAUCCUACUCCCUUAGCUGGCUCAUCUUCGGACUCUUGUGGUACUGGUUGGCCAGAAAUAAUGGCGACCUGUAUUGGCAGAAUCCACCACCAGAUCAUAAACCAUGCGCUAUCAACGUUAAUGAUAUGACUAAUGCCUUCCUCAACGCGUUGGAGACACAAACCGGAAUGGGGUGUGGCAAUUUGUUUGUCACUGAUCUAUGUCCUGGAUCUGUGGCUGUACUUACAAUCCAGAUGGUCGUAGGACUAUUUAUCGGUAUAUUCUGGUGUGGUAUAGUCAUGACCAAAAUCACCCUUCCAAAGAAGAGAGCCAAGACCAUCACCUUCAGCAAAUCUGCUGUCAUCUGCCCCAAAAAAGGCACUCUUUGCCUUCAAAUCCGUGUUGCCAACCUGCGCAAGACCUUAAUGAUCGGCAGUCAGAUUUACGGGAAGCUUCUGAGGACAACAGUCACGGGAGGUGAGACCGUCAUCCUGGACCAGGUCAGCAUUGACUUCAUGGUGGACGCCGGUAAAGACAAUCUGUUUUUUAUGUGUCCUUUAACCCUGUACCACAUCAUUGACAAAAGCAGCCCAUUUUUCGACAUGGCUGUGGACACUUUGCAUCAGCAGGACUUUGAGCUUGUGGUGUUCCUCGACGGCAUGGACGAAUCCACCAGCUCCUCCUGCCAGGUCAGGACUUCAUACAUCCCUCGGGAGAUCAUGUGGGGCUAUGACUUUCUCCCGAUCAUCUCCCGCAGCAAAGAAAGAAGAUACCGAGUGGACUUUUCCAACAUUGCUAAAGUUGUGCCUGUUCCUACCGCACAUUGCUCCCGCUGCUACCACAAUGAGCCCGGAAACCAUCUCCAUCUCCAUGGCACUGACACCAAGAGUGUUGAGGUGUUCGACAUGGAGCUUCCCAAAAGCACCAAAAUGUAAUGCUUUUUGACUGACUGGUCAACAUCUGGCACUAUGCAUUGAACACUACGUCACAAUCCCAGUUCUAUCCCGUUUUACGCAUUCGCAAGAAGGCGUAGGGAUGUCCCAAUUUUCUUUAGCUUGAAGGCCUAGGGCUAAGGGAGCUAGACAGCCCUUGAAAUGGAGAUUUUCCAGGACCACACUAGAAAUCAAAGGGUACGAAAAUUUCCCAGAACACAGCAGCAACAACAGCAACAGCAUAAUGUUUUGUGCCUUUAAUGUUAUGUCUUUCAUUGUGGUGAUGAGAGGCAAGAGAAGCGUUUCAAUCUCUUGACUGGUACUUGAAUAGUAACACUGCAGGAAUUCAUUUCUUUUAUUUUUGUAUUGCUUUACUCUGCACAAAAAAACAAUGUUUUUGUGUCUUUCACCUGAAAAAUUGUAAAAGUACAAGUUGUGAAGUAAAACUAUGGUUCUGUUCUUCUGUUACAUACUGUAGACAUGGAUUUGGAUGUUCGAGUAUUAAUUGGAAAUUCAUUGAUAAGAGAUUUAUUUAUUUAGUUCCCUUUUUCUCAGAUUUCAGCCGGUGCUUUUGUGAAUCACUCUGGGAUGUUGUUUCUUAUUACAAUUGUACAUUUCUUGUAACUUUGCAUUAGUGAAUGUGUAAAUAAAAUUUGUACUUUAUUUAUAAAUAAAAAAGGAAUCAU